AUGCUGACCAAGGUUCUGGCAGCCUGCCCCGGCUCGGGCCCUCGGCCAGCUGUUCUCACUGCGCCUUGCCUCUGCCGGACCACGUGUGCUGGAAGAGGUUUGCUUAGCUUCGGUGCCAGAUCUGCAGUCCACGAUGAGGGUAAAGAGAUGAGCUUUCAGCCAACAGCCCUAUCCCUGCAGUUCCUGCCACUGGAUAUUUACUGAACGCAGUUACCCAGAAGAUGAUGUCCCUGUCUCCCAGAUAGCAUUUCUGAGGACCAGGCCUUCAAAUGCACAAGCUGUGCACCAUGGCAGGAGAGACUCAGCAAAUGCAUACAGUCAAAGAGCUGGAUGCUGAGUCCAAACAGCAGGAUGAGGGGCCGGCGCUGGAGCAGCAGAGUGACAAAAUCACAAAGGAUUCUUCGCAGCACUUUUCAAGCACGGGCACUGAGGCCAGGCUCAGCAGCAGAGUGGCCAGAGCUGAAAAACUAGAGAAGGAAAGGGACUGUCCGCAGCAGCGUGAAGCGGUCAUACGGCCACAGCAGGCCGGGAAGAUUGACUUCAGAUCACUACAGAACAGAUCAAAAUUUGCCACUGACAGGGCUUGGCCGAGUGGGAAAGGUAGUCCCCAGUCACCAAGUGGAAAGGGCCGCAGCCGAGAAAAGACAAAGCGGUCCGGAAAGACAGAGCGUGGCAACCCACAGCAGCUGUACAGACUAAGCAUUACAAAUCCACGCACAGUUGGUAUUGCCUACCCGCAGCAGAAGGUUUCGCCACCCAAGAAGUUGGACACGAGUCGUGGCCCAGUCUCGGGCAGCUACAGAUUCCACACUCCCAGUAUACCAGAGAGAGAGGUUGAACUACAGCAACAAGAGCUCAGCUAUAGCCGCUGCUUCCAGGAGACUCCUCAAAACAUUACCUCUCCAAGCUAUACCUCACAGGUACUGGGUUCCUCAAGUGGAACAUCGUCCCACCCACAUCCACCCCUGUCACAGCAACAGCAGCCGGCAUCAAUGGAGAGCAACAGCACACAGCCAUUCCUGGCUGAUUUUCAGCUCAGUGGUUCUAAUACAUGGCAGUCUGCUGAAAGGACUUUUAGUAAUUAUGGAGUUCCUUCCAAAAAAUCUGCUGCUCUCUCAGAAACCAGUAAGGCAAGUUCUUUUAUAUCUGGUUCAUUUCAGUAUGGAUAUCAUUUAAUGGAGGAAUCAACCUCUGACUCAUUUCCCUGUGAACAGAACCCCCAAUCCCAAGACUUCACAAACUCUUCUCUGGGCUCUGUUCAUGUUGCCCACAGUUCUUUUUCCUUUACCUCUGGAGAAGGGCAGAACAUUGGUCAAAACAGCAUUCAGUUCAGUAGUGAACACCAGCCAGAGGAUAGAGGUUCUUAUUCUCACCCCCCACAUUCACAAUUUAUUCAAGGGGUGGCAUCAUCCAUCCAGUGUCCCAGAAAUCUGAGUGAGGAUUCAGGCGGCAGCGACAGCUCUGGCUCCAGCUCGCAGCAGUCAGAACAGGGGAAGACUGUCCUGCCCGAGAGUGCAGACACUAUUGUACAGACUGACGGUCGGGAUGCAGCUAUCACCUCGGGAACUAAGAGAAACUGUCACCCCAAAGACAUAACUGCCAAACAAAGAGCACUCAUACAAGGAGGUCAGCAUGCAAGAAAUAUUUCACAAGGUCCAGGCUCCCCAAUGCACUUUCCCAACAGAACAUUUAACAAUCCACCGCUUGGUAACAAUCGCACAGGCUCAAUGCCAUUUGAUAAAAACAUCAAUAAUAAGGUUUUGAAUAGGUUAGCACAUUCGUGGGAAGGAACUAAUAAGACCUAUUCAUCAGCGGAUCAGAACAAAAUUCAGUAUACUGAUAUGAACGAGAAGUUUUCAUUACAGAAUCAGACAGCUAUUGACCAAAGGUCAAAUUCCUCCAAAGGUACCAGGAUGCCCUGGCAGCAGAUUCGACCAAACACUGCCAUGCCAAACUCAAACAGAGUAGAGUUAACUAAACAUAUCAGCAAUCAAAAAAUGGCUUAUAUAGUUUCCCCGUCUGACUGGCAAGAAGAGAAUAAAUUACAUAAGCACAACCCCCUAAAGAACUCCAGCUCAUUCCAGAACGGCAGAGGAAGUGAGGGCUUUUCAAACCAAAGGCAGGAUACUGUUAAACACAACAGUAACACGGUUUCAACUUUUAAAGUCGAGAUGAGCCACGCGCAGGUGUGCGAGUCCAAGAAUAAGGCUGUAUACUUCGAACUCAAUCAGUCUCUUCCUGCAGUGCCACCAAGAAACUACACAUAUCCACCACUACAGGUCCCACCUAUGGGGCUUAUGAUGGUGUCACCGUAUGAAUCCCCUUUGCCCUCUCCAGUCCAUAAGCCUGGAUCUAAUAGUACCUGCUCGUCCCUCUCCCCAGCAUCCACCAGCCCAGUCAACAUCAAUUCAGAGGACAGUCAAAUGUCAAAGUCAGCUGCUCUCCAUUUCUAUCACCCGCCCCAAGGAAAAACUCAGCUACCCUCAGAUCAGCUUAGCACGCAUUGCCACCAGUUUAAUUCUGAUGCCCCACGACCUCUUCCCUAUGCACCUGACAGAGCCAAAGAUGACAUGAUGAGCUAUCUGCAGAACAGUACACCUCCGAAGACAACAAUGGACGGGAGCAAAGGUUACCUGGAUAGUUUUGGGGUGGAGCAUCAGCAGCCUCCACCCCCAUACUCUGCACACCAGCUGUUAACAAGCUCAUUAGCCACAGCGAAUCUCGAUCAGCUGGAUGUGCUUCUGACAUGCAAACAGUGUGAUCAGAAUUUCAACAACCUGGCUUCUUUUUUAGGCCACAAGCAAUACUGUGUUCAUCACACAUUUGCACAAAAUGACCUUAAAGACCUUUCAAAGAUGGAUGACAACAAAAAGUUCCACGCAGAACCAGUUAAAGCAGUUUCUGUUGUGUCAAAUCUUUCAUUAUCAAGGUGUCCAUCUGAUCUUCACCUGUCUUUGUUGGGCCUCAACAAAAAUGGAGAAUUGAUAUCUGACAGUGAAACGAAGAUAGACACUAAGGAUGAUCCACUGAAACUCAGUUUGUUUUCAGGUUCAGGUAACCUCCCUGUGCCUCUCCCAGAGCUGGAAAUAGAAGAUGCCAAAUUAGACAGCCUAAUUACAGAAGCUUUAAACGGGCUGGGAUAUCAGUCAGACAAUGCCGAGAUAGACAGCAGUUUUAUCGAUGCAUUUGUUGAUGAUGACCUCACCACCGUCAAAACAUCAUCAAACAAACAAUGUCUGAAAACAAAAGAAUCGCUGGUUUUUGAGAGCAAAAGUAAACAAGCUGCCGAUGACAGAUCUUUCACACAGGGAAAGUGUUUUUAUGAUUCUGAUGUUGAAAGCCAGGAGAAAGUGUCUAUGAAUUUGGAACAAGAUGAGAAAAUUAACAUUAAAAAGGAAGUCUCUCAUAAAAAUUCAAGAACUGCCUCAAGGGAAAGGACGUGGGAGCAAGAGAGCAAAGUGAAAGAGGCAAAAAAGCUCUGUAAGAGUGAGGAGGAAAACACGAACACACAAAGAUUUCUCUUAUCCAGCAAGUUUUCUGAGCGCUGCGGAGUGAAAACCUUCCAGGACAGCUCUGCGCUCCGAGGGUCAGCACCCUCACAAGCCACUACAUCUCCUACAGCUAGAGCUUCUGCAAAAGAAAGCAAGAGGAAAAGCACUGGAGGGGGCACCUGGAGCAAAGAACUGAUCCACAAAAUAGUUCAACAGAAAAAUAAACUUCACAAGCUUCAUGUUAAAGGUACCAAAAACCUCCAGUUUUCUUUGGUGAUGGAGCGACUCGCUCCCACGGUGCAGAACCCUGCAUUCGGAGAGUACGACUACGUCUCAGACUCAGAUGAUGAAUGUGAGCCCGUAAAGAUAGCAAGCCAAGGCCGACUGAAUCAGAGCAGUCGCUGUAAAUAUACGUACACCAAAGAGUGCAAAUGGCGAGCGCGGAGCGAGAGGGACCGGGCAGCAUGGAGACACGAGUCCAAAGAGUGUUUCGAAGUGAAAAAGAGUGAGUUGUCUCUGUCGCCUGAGAAACAUGGCUCUCAUCAGAAACUCAGGAGGAGAGGCAGCCGGUCAUCCACGAGCAGUGACCUCAGCACAUCUGUGAGCGUUUCCGGCGAUAGCAUCAACAGCCCCAAAAGCACUGACCGCACUGAUUCAGACAGCGAGAGAAAGACGGACAAAAAGAGAGAUUCUCCAGAGCAAAAAACCAAUGACAGGUCCUCACCACAGAAGUUUUUUAAAGAGUCCAGCACUCUGGCACUAACAUUCACUAAAUCUGUCAAAAAGUACAAUGCAGAAAAAGCCAUUUAUUCUGGUGACAAAGAUGGCCAAGAAGAUUUGAGAAAGUAUCAAUCAAAUUCCGAGCCCACCAAUCAACCAUCAUCCUCACUGAAAGCUCAAGAUUCUAUUAUGAACUCUGAAAAAAGGCCAAGCUCAAAUAAAAAAUCAAGGGAGAAACUUGCAUCUCAUAAAAAUGAAAUGGGCUCAAACGACUGCUCAGACAGAAACGUCCAGCAGAAAACUGACAAUGUGUGCACCAAAGAAGAACCAACGGGGUGCAGUAGCUUAAAUAACAAGUCACUACAGUUUGAUUCUCUGUCUCCUACCAUCAUUAAAGAAACUUAUUGUAAGUCUGACAGAAGCACAAAGGGCAAGAGAGAAGAGGAGCCCCAAGCCACACAGCCAGAGUUAUCAGUCACCACCAGAAUGGAGAAACAGAGUGACAGUGUCUGCAUGGUUAAGGAGGCUAUUAGCUCAGUCAGUGACCUGGACUCACACAAACCUGCACCUCUGUGCGCGUCUUUGAUGGAUGAGGUGUGUGGGUCCCCAACGGGAGGCCAAAAAGAUGCUCUUCACCUGAUACCUUACCCCCUGGAUCAGGAGCAAGGACUCAUGAAAUCCCCGCUUUCAUUUGACACCUCAUCAAUGUUUGGGGAUCUGACAGGAUUUGACAGCGGCCUUUACUCUGAGAUGCCCAUUCAGAAAGAUGGCUUCCAUUCAAUUGACAACCCAGCUGAUAAAAAGGAAGAGUUUGUGUCUUCUUUCUCCACUUUUCUGGAACAAAGAGACUGGAACCUCAUUGUUAGCCCCGUGCUACCAGAUGAGAUAUCUCAGUACAAAGGAAACUCUGAGAAAUCAGAUGAAAAGAAGCCAGAUUACGAUCAUGUUCCUUUGUCUCUGCCAGAAAAAAUAAUUGACUACAGUGCAAAUCUCAACAGCUGUGCAUCAGAUGAUGAGCUGGAGAUAAAGAGAAUAGUGAAUGAGCUUGAAAACCAGCUGCAGACGACUAAGUUGGAAAGCCCACCGCUGCUGGCUCAGGAGGUCCCGAAGCAGCUGCAAAUGAGCAAAUUUUCACCUUUACGUUUGGGGGAUGAGUCCCUGAGUGACGGCAGGAGUUUGAGCCUGAAGUGCUCAGAGCAGAUAGAUGCAGCAGUCUCAAUGCCCUCAGAGCCUUUCACAGAACCAGCAAUCCAAUGGCCUGAUGCCUUUCAGUUUGAGCUCAUGGGUGAUCAUCAGAGCCAUCAAACUCCUAUUCACAAUGAACCGGCGGCAACAAAGGACCAACAUCUCCUUUCUGGGCAAAAAUCAGAGGAGCUCAGUGUUGACAAGGAGACCUCUGUAGUAACAAAAGAAGAGAUUCUAGAGCAGACGAGAUACAGAGAAAAUCUAAUGAAAAGUUUAGAAGUGAUUUCUGACUCAAUAUUCAAAAAGCCUAUCAUAUCAGGAAUUAAGAAGCCAAAUGUCAGCGCACUCACAAGCCAACAACAUGAAAAAACUAAAUGUCAGAGCACUGUUGAGAGUGAAGAUCAUUGUGAAAAGGAGAAAAUGAGCAGAAAGGAGAGAAUUUCAUCACUUCCAAAUAUCAUUGAGCGGAAGGAUGAAAUUGAAAUAAUUCUCAAUGAGUCACAGUCAACUCUCCCUGACACUUUAGUCAUUGGCAAUCUGCCAAUUUCACAACAGCUAAAUGACCCCACCAUGAACUGGGAUUACACAGCAGAGGCUAAAGUCACAUCAGAGGAAAACAUCCCUUUAAACAGUCAUUUGACUCAGCCUCCUCACUGCUCAAGUGUUGUGACACAUAACUCAAACAGGGCAGAGAAAUCCUCCUUGAACAGUUAUGCAGAGGACAAUGUGCAUCAAGGGAUCGAAAACAACGAUGCUGGCGGAGAAUACUUACAUGGAGAGACCCAUAAGGAGUCAGAGGCAGCGGAGAAACUCAUUCCUCAACCCGAGGGUCAUUCUUCAUCACCCAGUUUAGCUGAUUCCAGUCGAGACAUCGGAGAGAAAACACCAGAUGUGAUUAAAGUACCACAGGAACAACAGCCUGGCUAUAAACACGACAGUGUCAAAGACAUUAGUUCAUCACGUCAAUGUGAAUUGACAAUGGACAAUAUAGUUGAGAAAGUGACCGUUGAAACAUCAAAACAAAAUCAUGUGAUUGCUCUUGCCCCGUGUAAAAACUCCAGCCCUUUAGGAACAUUCAGUGAAGCUGAUUUGUCUGUUACCACAGACAAGCCCUGCCGUCCAGUAGGGAUGGAAACUAAUAUGGAAUGCAGCUCACCUCUCCAUGACAGCCAGUCUAUUGAGGGACAGAGGGAUCUUUUGAUCCUAUCACAGUCUGAUGGCAUCAUUAACAGCAAUGCCUGCAAUAUGACUCCAUAUAAGGACUCAUUGAAAGCCCAAGCAGGUCUUGUUUUUGAGUCCACUCACAAACAAGAAGAUAUUCUAAAUGUUCAAGACAUCAAAGAGGAUCUUCCUGUUGAUUUCAUGGCAAGUCAGCAGAACUCCCCGAGCAGAGAGGAAGCAGUGGAAAGUAACUGCGUCUUUUCAGGCACCGCCUCACCAGUCAGCGCGCUGUUACCAUCUCAACAGGGAGCCAUGCAGAAAUCUGACAGAGAAGGGGAUUCAUGUGAGCCCGAACAUAAAUGCAACGAUGAAUCUCUUGAUCAGGCCUUGGUUCAAAAUGCAGAAUCGCUCAUAAGCAAAGAUGAUAGCCAAAACAUCAAAGAGACUGUGAUCAGUGAUGCAAUGGACAGAACGGCUGAGAUGAGCUGCUCGCUGAUAAGCACACCUCACUUGGACCUGGCAAUUGUGGAGUGUAAAAUCCCCCAUUCUGAAAGCACAGUCUCCUCUCCGCUUCCUGUGAGCAGCACGUCAGGACCACCAGAGGCGACGGACGCCCUUGAAAAAAGUCAUUUAAUUUAUGAUUUAAAGCUCAGCCCUCUCAACUACAACGGAAUCUCAGAUGAGAAUCCACAGCUUAAUCAGUAUGACUACAUGCCUAUAUCCCCUGCCUGUAAAGCUGAGGACAGCAAGCAGAGACCCACAGCUGACUGUAAAUCUUGUGACAUGAGUGCUAGCCCUGUGCUGAUGUUUUACCAAUCUGGGACAGAAGCAGCAGUGUCACUGAACUCAGACCCUGCUGCUAAAAUACAACCAUCAGAUAAACCACUGGUCCUCCAGCAGGGCAUGAAAUUGGCAUGUUUUGCACUGGGUUUACCGGCUGAAAUCAAAGGGACAGACUCCUUAUCUACUAAUGGAAAGGAAAGCUUGGAGGAUUACCAUGAUCCAGUUGAACCUGCAGACCAUUUGCACAGACAUACUGACCUCCUGAGCAAAAAUGAAUUACAGAAUUUAGAAUCUUUAGAGGUUACUGUUGAAGACAGUGCUCUUCUAAAAAAAGACUUUUCAGAUGGUCCACCCACUCCUCAACCACUCAUCAUCUGCGAAAAAAAGCAAAUGCCCCAACCACCAGACCCCUCAGAGAAACAACCAACUAUUGAGCCUGGAAAACGUUCAGCAACUCACCAGCCCCGCAAAGAAAGAGCACCAAAAAAGACACAGAGCAACGCUCAACAGGGUAAAGUGCUCUGUGAGAUUUGUUUAAUGUGUUUCAGAACUGUACCGGGCUUAAAGAGACAUAAGGCCAUGAAGCAUUUGAUCAGAGCCGAGAAAUAUUCUGGCCCUCAGAACACAGCAUCAAACCAUCAAGGGACUGUGCUUAUUUACGAAGCAUUGCAAAGCGCAGAAAAAACACACAAGGAUGAUUCACAAACUUGUUUUCCUAGAAAAACAGAUGGGCGGCCUGAGAUAAGUGGCUCUAUCAUAUCUAAAACAGCACAGACUAAGUCAGCCCUGGAAAAUAUGACGACAGAGAUAAGUGGAGUGGUCGUUGAUGACAUAGGACAUCAAAACCCCGUGCUGCCUGUGAAGACAAAGAGGAACAGCAAAGCCAGAAAGAAUAAGAACACCAAGUUAAAUCCUGACCCUUUUUCUGAUGAGCUUCUGAACAUUUUGAAAACAGAUAUACUUCAAGCAAUAACUCCUGAAUUCAAAAGCAGCACACUUCAAGAGCAGUGCAAAUCCCCCAAUAUAAAAAUGAGUGACAGAGCUGCUGUUGGAACGGAGGAAUUCCCUCACCACAGUCCCUCAAAUUCUGCUUUUGACAAUACUACAAUGUCUCCAACAAAAGCACCAAAUGUACUGAGUGGAACUGUGGAGCUAAAUCAGAUCACUGACACAGAGGUGAUGAAAUGUGCAAGCGUUACAAAAAUGGCAAAUUUGGAACCGUGUGCAGAUAAUAACAUGGAAAGUGAAUCCCUUGGGAAGGAGAGUCUCAGAGAAUGUGAUGAGUCCAGGAUGACUCUGUGCACUGUGGAGGAUAUGUGUGAAUUGAAAGAAUCGGGGAACAGCCUUGCCCAAGAGAUCCUGAGUAAAGUGGCGACGGAGAUAAAAUGUGAGAAAAACAGGAGCCCCUCAGAUAAUCUCAACCCUCUCUCCUGUUUGAAUUCCUCCCCUCUCAGUCCACCUAGCAUGAGCCCCGAUCUGAAGGCUUUGCUCGACGAUGACACCACAUUCUCGCAGCUUUUUCCUAGAGAUACGGAGGCAAAAAGGAAAAAAUGCCAGAGGGUGUACAGCAAAAGAAACAAAAGGCAAAAAUUAUCUCCCCAUUCAGACGCGACCACGGCCUAUAUUCAGCCUCAAACCUUCAUGCAAAACAAAAAUCAGUAUCCGGCAGCCCACAGUGAGCAUGCAUUCACUGACAGCCAGGCUAACCAUUGUGAAUAUGAGACCAUUUCAAUUGAUGAUGCCAUCAUGUUAAACAUGUGCCACAACAGCACCAUAAAGGCUGAUAGUAAGAUAUCGCCAGAGGUUAAGCAAAGUGAGAAAGAAGAUGUUCAAGAGAGGAUGAAAGAGCUUAGCAACAACCUUUUAAAUCCUCCGGAGAGCACUGUUGAUAAAUCUUCAAUAGAAUGGAGCAGCCCCAAUGACUUUGGGGACUUUACUACCUGCUCCGCAGUAACCCCUGAAUCCAGUGUUUGUAAACCAGAUGUGCCAGUGGUGGUCUGCCCUCUGCCUCUGCAAGCUGCCCCAUACGCAGUGGAGCCUAGUGUCACAGAGGGUGUCCAAACCUUCCACAGCAUCGACAUCCAAAACAUCAACACCACGUUCCAGCUUCCUGAGAUUCAGUUCUUUGACUCCGAUAAAGACAUAUCGAUUGCUCCUCCUCGUGAAGCUGCAGACAUGGAGAACAGAGAUGAGGAAAAGUCCAGGAAGGUCACAGAGCGCCGAGGCAGGAAACGACAGGACGGAGGAAUAAAGGUCAAAGAUAAGCAGUAUAAAUGUAAAGUGUGCUUCACUUGGUUCCUCACCCUUGGGGAGCUGAAUUUUCACAAGCUCUCCCACAACCCCUCUCCACCUCCAACUUGUUACAUGUGCGUCCAGCGCAAAUUCAGCUCCAGGGAGCAGCUGAGAGACCACCUGAGGGAGAAGCAUGCCAAGAAUAAAACUGGCAUCUGGACCUGUGGCAUGUGUCUGAAGGAGAUAUCGGAUGUGUGGAUGUACAAUGAACACCUAAGAGAGCACGCCACUCAGUUUGCCAGGAGAGGUCAGACUCAAAGCUCCAUGCUAGGCAUUCCUGGCUGCUUCAUGCAAGAGACAGCCGUCAAGAACUUUAUCUCCUCAAUCAUGCAGCACCGCCCCACCAAAUCCAGCCGAGAGUCCAGUAAACCUACGAAAGAACAGGAAAAAGAACAGGGAAAAGAACAGGAAAAAGAACAGGAAAAAGAACAGGAAAAAGCACCAGCUGACGACACCGCUGUGGUAGAGGGGAAGACCUCGGAAGAGGCCGAGUCAAAACCCCUCAAAACCAAACCCUGCAGUGGAGCAGCUGGAAAGCAGAGCACAUUGACCCCACUUGAGGUCCUUCACAAAAUAGAGAGCAAUAAAAGUGUGGAAAUACAUCCCAACUGCAAAGAUCCCUCAAGAGACUGUCACCACUGUGGGAAACAGUUCCCCAAACCCUUUAAACUGCAAAGACAUUUGGUGGUGCACAAUUUGGAGAGGAUUUUCCUGUGCCACAAGUGCCCCGUCUCUUAUCAGGAGGCGCAGGAGCUCAAAGAUCAUCUGAAGAGAGCGCACGAAGAGGUGGAUGAGCUGGAUUCAAAGCACACCACCCUUUACACCUGUGAGCUCUGUGCUGAUGUCAUGCAUGUUAUUAAAAAAUCCUUCAUCUGCAGCACCUGUAACUACACCUUCUCUAAGAAAGAGCAGUUUGAUCGUCACAUGGAAAAGCACCUGUCAGGGGGGAACAAAAUUUUCAAAUUCCGAGGCGUUCUUCGACCUGUCAAAGCAUCAGCGGCAAAAGAAAAUGAAUGUCAUUCACCUGCAAGUAAGAAGAGGAGAAUUCUCUCUGACAGCCUGCAAGAAAAUAGCUCUGACAGCGGCAUUGCCAGUGUGAGCUCCGUGCACUUAAAUCAGAACGCUGACGUACAGCCUUCAAAACCCUAUGUGUCCACCGCCGAUGACUCCACACAGACCAUCCCAAAUGAAUACCACAAUGAGAAAAACAAUACAAAUGUGAAGACCGAAGACGACUACUCCGAGCUACUUGUAGCGUUGGAGAAAUGCAUUCACAGGAGCUCUUUGGUUUCUGCUAAACCCAAGAAAGAAGAAGCUGACCCUACCCCCUCAACUAAUCUCAAUGAGCAGGACAAUAAAAAAUCAGUUACCGAAACGUGUGAUGUGAAAGAGGAGAGUGAGACGGUCUGCAUAAGAGCAGAGGACGCUUCAUGGGAAGCAUCCAAAGAGAGUAGUAGUGUGGGGGAGGAGGUGGUUGAAGCUAAGGAAGGAGACACUACUGAAAAUGAAGGGAAAACAGAUUUGCCUCCGGCUAGUGAGAAUUCGUUUGUCAGCUCAAGAGAAAAUCAAAUCCUUUUAAAGACACCUGAGUCUGCAAAGCAUGAAUUAGCAGCUGAUGAGAUGAACCAACCGAGGGAAGAUGAGCCCUGGCAUCCCACUUUGUCUGGUGAUGACAGUAAACAGCAGGUAUUAUCUGAUGGAGCUGAACUGGAAAGUAGCAGUCAGAUGAAAGACGAUGUUGCCGAAGCAGCUGUGAGUGACAGCACCAAUAACAGCACCGCAACAAGCAGCACAAAGCCACCGGAACUGUCUCUCGUCCUCCACUCCAAAGUUUCUCUGAAUGCUUCAGCCUCAAAUGAGGACAAGGACUCUGUAAAACCUCAGAAGAGGAGGAAAGACAUCAAAUCUUUGCACAUUCUGCAGCGACUUUCCUCUCCAGCCACACAAGAGAACUUUGGCAUCGAUUCGAAAGGCAAAAAGAAAUUUCGCCCUAACAAGUGUCAAAACCCCUCUCUGCAAAGGAAACCAGAUGGAGCCAACGAGUACCCGGUGCUAGCUUCAGUACGAGACGAUGUUGUCAGCAACAAAAUAGUUUCCAAGUGCAAGACUGCAAACUUGAGUUUGCAGACGAAAAGAACUUUGCUUGAUAGCUGUACCCAAAAGAAGGCUGAGAUUGUUACCUCUCAAAAUGGGGAUUAUAAAGCCAAAAAGGGAGGUCUUGGGAGAUCUGUGCAUCUUCCUGUAUCUAAAGUGUCUUCAGUUCCCAUGAGUAAUUCUCUGAAUAAACCAAGGCCAAAGACAGGGGUCAGAUCAAUGGACAAUCAUUCCUACCGGACAGCAGAAUCCCAGAACCAUCUUCUGAGUCAGCUGUUUGGCCAAAAACUCACUAGCUUUAAAAUUCCCUUGAGAAAGGACACAUCAGAAUCUAUUAACUGAGGGGUGUAUGGGAGUUCUGUGAAUAAGAGACUGUAAAUUUUCACAGUUAUAACUGUUUAAGACAAUUUAUUUUGACGAAUGAGUUUGCACAGCUAUUUUCUGUGAAAUGUUAUCUUUAAAUCCUUACAUAGUCACUUUAUGUCUCUUUUGUACAUGUGUUUUUGAUACACAAAUGUGAGGGCGAAUGGCAGAUAUGGACCUUGGGUUAAAAAUGAACAUGCUAGUUGGGGAAAUCAUUGAACUUUAAGAGAUUAUAUUUCAUUUACCUAAUGGAGAGAGAAAAGGAAUACUUGAAAAUAUGGUAACGUAUGUUCUUUUAAGAAAUGCAUGUUCAUUUAACCUUCAUCACAUGAUUCUUCCAGGCCUUCUAGCAAAAGGACCAAAUGACGUCUUAGUGACAUAGACGGUUGUCUGUGUACCUUUCAUACAUACUUUCAACAUACUCGUUUUGUAACUCUUUACUGUACUGCAUUGACAUUCACCAUUAUUGGCUUUUUGUAUAAACAUUACCUGGUGCUACGUUGUGCUUAAUUGUAAUGUGAAUGCUAAUGUCCUCAGAAGGGAACAUGAGGUCUGUAGCAGUUACAGUACAUACAUCCAACUGUUCUUAUUUGGUUUCUCUGUACUUUAUUGAAUAUACUGUGUAAACCAUCCCAGUCCAUCGUAUGUAGGCAGAUAAAACUCAUAAUUUGGAAAGCUUCCGUUGUAUAAACUCAGGUGCACACAAGGACAUCAUAGUCCCAAGACCUGUAUUUGGAGUUCUUCCAAUGCACUGAUAAUACCACACACAAAUUACAAACUCAUUCAUCUGUGUCUGUAGCUCCAAAUGUUUAAUUAUGAAUGAUAUUUACAAGGACAACAAAGGUGCUUUAACUUGUUUAUACUGUAUGUACCUUCUAUUGUAUUAUAUUGUAGGUAGAUUAUUGUUUGGUGUAAUGCUUCAUGUCAAAGUUUUAUUUUAAUAAUGUGCUAAAUGAAUCAGAUUGAAAAGAAAGGGAAAAUCAGUGACUCUUGCAAGUUGCAAAGUGGAUCACUAAGUGCCUGUUUUACAGUUGGUCAUUAAAGAUCUGUAUUGGUCUCUCCUUGCUCCUUUCUUCUUUUGUUGGUGCAAACUUUUGCAAAUGUUCCUGCUUCCCUGUAGACUGCAUCUGUCACCACAUGCAUCAAACAGCGGAGGCAGUGGGAGAGGCUUGUGUCUGGAGGCAAAAAACAGGUGCACUCACAACAAAGUCUAACUUCAUUUUUCCCCCCUCAGAUGAGCACUUCAAUGAGCUCACUCAUCAUCUGAAAGAUGAGCAUAAAUGAACCUUUACCACAGGGAAACAUUUAACAAAAGACAGGUACAUUUAUCCAACCAUAUGUCUGUGGAGUGCAGUUGAGCAGGAAGCCUGGAGCUCUCGCUUGUGUCAUGCCUCUGUCAUGUUGCU